UUUUGUAACUUUGUGCUGUCUUCUGUAGUGUUUACAACUCAAAUCUGAAGCUUAAGGUUUAUUUUAUUUUAUUGACUACGUGUUUUAUCCAUUAUCACGCGUCUUCAGGAUGGGAGAGGACGACAAGAUAAUAUCCACUGAUGGUCAGAUUAUUCAAAUACAAAUUAUGGAAGAAGCUGAUGAGAGUGAUGUCCCUUUAGAAGUAGGAAACACUGCAAGGACAGCAAGCACAGUGGGGGAAUCGGCUAUACAGUUGCAGUUCACAGAGCUCCACUCCUUCCCAGCAAUUGAACGUCUUCCUUUAGACGAAGUUACAAAAAGCUGGGAACUAAAUUAUAGAGAGGCAGCUAUUUUCUUGGAAGAAGGAAUCAACAACGAUAAGUUGACAUCUCAUCCCUCAUGCCAUGAAGCACUUCCUGCAUACCUCCUUGUGCACAACAAGUGGUACUAUGCCCUAGAUUUUGCUGCCUCUCUGUUAUUGAUCCUGCUGACAUUCACAGAGAAACCAGCCAACCCACUCUUUCGUCUUCCAGUAGGUGUACAUAGCAGCAUGGAACUCACGGCUCUGGUCAUUGUCAGUGUUGAGCUAAUCAUGAAAUUCCGUUGGGUGGGAUUCAAGAUAUUCAUUCACCAUCCUAGAUCUAUGGUGAAGGCAGUGACACUCUUGAUAAUGAUAGCUGAAUCCAUCCUGGUUCUGGUCCGGCAAAGUUCCCACUUUAGGGUUACACGUGCCCUUCGGCCCAUCUUCCUUCUUGAUAAUCACCACUUUGGUGGCGUACGUAGAUAUUUGCGUCAGGUUUUGCAGUCAAUGCCUCCCGCAAUUGAUAUGUUGGGCCUAUUACUAUUUGUGAUUCUAUUCUACAGUGUUUUAGGUUUUUAUUUAUUCGGCUCGAACGUAAAUGACCCAUACUUUAGCACCUUACAGCAGGCCUUUAUAUCUUUAUUUAUUCUAUUGACCACGGCGAACUUUCCCGACGUGAUGAUGCCUUCUUACGCAGUGACUCGUUGGUCGUGUGUUUUUUUCAUCACAUACCUCUCUAUGGUUUUGUACUUUUUGAUGAAUCUCUUGCUUGCGGCUGUUUACGCAUCGUUUUCGAGUAUGGAGAAAAAUAAGUUUCAACAAUUACUGCUGCACAGGCGAAAAGCGGCCCAGCAUGCCUUCCGUCUAUUACUUGGCCGUAAUAAUAGAUUCGGUAUUACCUUGCAACAUUUCCGUGGUCUCUUGCGACAUGUCGACUCGUCCAGAACCUACCGAGAGGUCUACCUAAUGUUCCGUCUUUUGAAUACGUCAGAAUCUGGUAUUAUCGACGUAAACGAGUUCUAUCACAUUUACGAUGUUUUAGAUACAAAAUGGCGUGUGAGAGAUGAAGAACCAUUUUGGUUUUCACGACUUCGUUCUCCGACCUUGGCCUAUUGUGCACAGCAAGUACAUCGACUGGUUACCUGGAACUUCUUCGACUAUUUUGUUUCUGUGGUCAUUUUCCUGGGAGGAAUCUUGAUGUUGACACGAACUGCUGCUAUUUCGGUCCACAUGAGCAAUCCCCUUGAGUUGGGUGUCACUUGGGAGACUUAUGCAUAUGUAUCUUUCUACACGCUUGAAGCGUGUCUAAAAAUUUUCGGCAUGGGUUCUCACGACUACUUCACCUCCGGCUGGAACUGCUUUGACUUUACUGUUACUGGAGUUUCUUUGAUUGGACUAGCGGCGGAAAUUCUUGGUCACUGGUCUUUUCUGGUAGUCGCCAGACAUUUGCGGAUUCUGCGUCUGUUCAAGCUACGAAAGAGAUAUCGCGAUGUCUUUGGUACCAUAUUCAUCCUUGGUCAACGAUUUUUGUGUGCCGGAAUCGUGUUCUUCAUUCUUUACUACGCCUAUUCAAUUGUUGGAAUGGAACUUUUCGCCGAGUAUGAUCUCACGAAUUGUUGCAAAAAUUCCACUGUUGAAGCCAACUUCCGUUAUGAAAAUGGGUCGUCUUCGAACGGCUAUUAUUAUUUGAAUAACUUUGAAAACGUCAUUUCAUCUUAUGUGACACUGUUCGAACUUACGGUCAUCAAUAAUUGGUACAUCAUCAUGGAAGGCUACGCGGUGACUACAACCCAGUGGAGUCGCAUUUAUUUUAUGUGCUUUUACCUCACAAUAAUGAUGCUAUUAUCCAUCGUUGUGGCUUCGGUUCUCGACGGCUUCAUGUUCCGAAUUUCAUAUAAAGAACAAAUGACUAAAGAAGACGAAAAGCGUUUGGUUGAGAAAACUGUUACACUGAACGCCGAAGAAUACGAACGUCUCCUUGCGGUAGAAUCUGCCGAAGAAAAGUCCAGGGGAAAAGUGUGGUACAAUUGGUUUGCUCGACUACGUAAACAGGAGCCUUUCCGGACCUUAGACGAAGUGACGCUGGAUUUGCCAGGAAUCCGUCCUAUUUCAGUAACGUUCACUGGUUUCCGACGACGAACUAAAGAUGUUCUCCUCAGCUUCAUGUACAAGGAUGAGAUAUCGUGCUGGAUGAAACAAGCCGAUCACGAAGAGAAACAACCUCAACCUGGAACUUCGCCUUCCAAAAGAGUAGGAGUGCGCCAGAGAUUGAAUCGCGGCUCCGAUGAUAACCUUACCGACUAAUUAGGAUCUAUAAGAGAACAUAUAAUAAUAAUUCCAGUCUUUGUGUCUCUUUCAACCCACUCACGCUUCCAUCCUCAUAUUUAUCACGUGUAUUUUUAGAUUCCUUUUUAACGAUUGUUUUUUCCUAAUCAUGAUUUCUUCCAUACUCUUAGGAGACACUUCGCGCAUAGGUCGCACACAAGGAACAGUGUCUUUUCUAUUGAGUAAGUCUUCUGUUCUGGUAUCGCUGAAUCUUUUCGAGGUCUAAUAAUUUCCAGACUUAAUCCAAAAGAAAUCGCGAGUGAAGUGAUUGAUUGUCUGAAAAUUUGUCCUUAUUAGUAUAUAUUAUAUUUAUGGUUCCUUAGCAUGAAAUGCCUCAUCGUGUCUGACUCGUCGGACAAUCCCAGUUGUUGAUUCGUAUAUGAAUAAAAUAUUUUAAUAGCCAUAAGAA